AUGUCGACGCGAACCAAUUUGGCCUUUGCUGGCUAUGACGUUGAGGGAGGAGAGGUUCUCCUUAAGGAUGCGUUGGGGAUGCUCUAUCAUCUACAACCGACGUGGAAGAGGAUUGAAUUAGCAAGUGAAAACAUACAGAGAAGGGAUAAUAAUGAUGAUGAUUGGGAGGGGGAGAGUUUUACAGAGUCCUAUUGCACUGAUAGUUACGUGAGUAGUGCCAGCACAUACACAUCUGGUGAAAACGGAGGCAGUGGAUUCAUUGAAAAUGGGUUUGCAAAGGCAAACGUCAGGGAGGGAGAGACGGCGUGUGACUGUAAAGCGUCAUGUGAAAAUGACCUGGAGAGUGCUGUGGCACCUGUGCACGGCACCGUGCUUACGCUGAAAGAACCUUACACUAGAGAAGAGGAACUGUUGUCGAUCUGCUUUCUGGGGACUGAAAUCACAGCUGGGGAUUUAGAGAACUACAAAACCGUGGUUGUUUUGGGCUACAAUGAGAAGGGGGAUGUGUUCUUGUUACCCAUGCCGACUUUGGUUUUGAACGAGGGCGUGUGCGUUUACCAUUGUCUGCCGGCUCUACAGCUUGAAUUGAGAAAGCUGUACCGGUACUAUGAUUGGGUUAAAAACACGGAAGACAGCUCACACAGAGAUACUGUGACUUUAAAACUACCGCUUGGGGAAGAGUCUAUGAAUUGCCCUCAACUGGACCGGAACUCGCUACGCCAUGUUUAUGAUGUCUUUGCAGACCGUGUGUACUAUCUCUCUGCGUGGUCAGCCCAGGUAGAGUUUGUAGGUGUUGCAUGGGGAGUGCCGUGGGUGAAGGUCAUUGCGGUGGAAGGUGAGACUGGCGGCACGUCUCCUGUUUCUGGGGAAGGGAAUAAUUUUUGUUCUUACAUUAAACCCCUUCAUUUGUGCCAUGACAAGCGUCAAUUGUACGAGGCGUAUGGACUUUGUGAGAGUGGACAAAUAUUGGAGAAACCAGGCACUUUGACUUCUUCUGCUUUACCCGCUGCCGAAUUGAUGGAUAAAGAUGAGAAUUUAGAAGGAGCCCGGAGUCAGGUUGAACAUGCUUUUGAAGAUUCUACUGAUCCUAAUUCAAACCUUGGCUCCUCCUCUCAAUAUGCAGACUUCACCCCUCGCAGUUGUUCAGAGGCAUUGGAGGAGCCCAGUCAAACAGAUGUUGGCGCAACUGCGUUACAAUCACCAUUUUUUGUUUAUGGCGAUUGUGUAACUUGCACUGAGACAUGUGGUAAUAGUAUGGAUUGCGACGCUACGCCGACAGCCCUUGAGCGUUUCGGUGUAUUGCACGGUGACCGUCUAGUGGGGGUGGACGGUACGGCCUUUGAGGGGCGGGAGGCGACGGUACUUGGUGUUUAUACAGGGUGGCUUGUUUUGCUGGUCGAUGGAGAAAAAGGGGCGACUGUGCUGCGCAGCGUUCAGGAAGAGGACGAACUCCUGUCUCUGUUCAAUAAGAUUUGUUCCCCUCACCCAGAUAAUAAAACUGGGGCCGAGGCUCGCCCAGCGAAGGACAAGCAAUCGAUCUAUUUAUCACCUCCAGACCACAAUGAUAACGACAAUGACAAUGACAGUGAUGAUAGAUAUGUUGAUGAUAAUAAUAAUAAUGGGGAAGAUGAUGAUGGUGUCAUCCACCCACUUGCGUCUUUGGAGGGAGCUGCAGACGCGGCAGCGACGGAGCAAUGUGGUGGGGAAGGACUGGAUGGAAGUGAAGCAGGUAGCUCUGACAGGACGAGUGCACCGCAGUCAUUAUUUUUUACCUCCUUUUUGAAGGCUGUGGCUUACUGGAGGACGCAGUUGCUCUCUGAGGAGGAUCAAAAGCAACAACCUCUUGCGUUUGUCAAUUAUUACGGGACGGAUACUCAACGACGCAUGAUGGACGCCGUUGACCUCCUUCAAAGGCACAAGAAUCUUUUUGAUGUUGAUUUUGCUGAUUUUGGUGCAGAUAGUUAUUUGCGUUUAAACGCCUCUAGCUGUGCAGCGGAGAGACAGCCUAUGAGUGUACACCGCAUCGUUCAGCUUCUGGUCGAAAACGAGUGCACUUAG